AUGGCUGGGAGAAGAGCACUCCAUUUUGUGUUUAAAGUUGGAGACAGGACCAAGACUGCUCAUUUCUAUCGCAACAUCCUGGGAAUGAAGGUUGUUCUUUCUCUUGCUGUGAAAGAUUUAUUAGAAACUGUUCAGCAACUCCAGAACUUUGUGUUUUCAAGCUCUGUUUUUCCAUCUUUCUUGCAGGUACUUCGUCAUGAAGAAUUUGAUGAGGGCUGUAAGGCUGCAUGUAAUGGACCUUAUGAUGGCCUCUGGAGCAAGACAAUGAUUGGCUAUGGCCCAGAAGAUGACCACUUUGUAGUGGAAUUGACCUAUAAUUAUGGAAUAAAAGAGUACCUUAUGGGGAAUGACUUCCUUGGCCUCACUAUCCAGUCCCAUGAAGCCAUUGAGAAUGCCAAGAGGGAGAAUUGGCAUGUCACUGAAGAAAAUGGUAUAAAUGUAGUUGAAGCUCCAGGAGGAUAUCGUUUUUAUCUCAUUGAUGAACCUCAACCUGAAAAAGAUCCAGUGAAGAAAUUGACCCUGGCUUCCUCAAAUCUGGCUGAAACUCUCAAUUACUGGCAUGGACUUCUAGGCUUGACCAUUGUGGAGGAGAAGGAAAAGCGGGCUACCCUUGCCUAUGCUCCAUCCCAGAUGAAGCUUGAAUUUGUUGAUAUUGGGAAGCCAGUGGAUCAUGCCAAAGCUUAUGGCAGAAUUGCAUUUGCUUGCCCAGCAUCUGAAUUACCUGAUAUUGAAGCCAAGAUGAAAGAGAAGGAGCAGACUAUCCUGACCCCACUUGUCAGCUUAGACACUCCAGGCAAGGCCACUGUCCAAGUGGUCAUUCUUGCUGAUCCGAUGCUUCAAGUGAUGGCUAGUCCAUUUGACAUUUUCCAGUCCACUGUUGGAGGAGCCCUGAUGAUAGAUUUUUCUCUAGACGGACAUGAGAUCUGCUUCGUGGGAGAUGAGGGAUUCCAAGAACUUUCCAAGGUGGACCCAAAGGGAAAUGAACUUCUUAGCAAGGCCAUUGCAAAAGACAAGUCUGAUGAUUGGUUCCAAAAGCAUAGAGUCCAGAAAACCUCUGCUUGAUCUCAUAGCUACUGGAAAAGCUGAAUUGGCUUUAUGUGUUAAAACAACUGCUUUGUGCAAUGUUGCAUGUAAGAAUUGAUAUUUAUGCUGGAGAUGGCUCUGAUGUGAUACUCUUUGCUUUCUCUUUCCAUGGGCAAUCAGGCAAGUUUGUGAUCUGCAGUGAGCUUGACUUCAAUGGAUCUUCUAUUGAAAAAUGACCUACAGGUUAAAGUACUUUAUCAAAACUUAGGAAUUGCAGCACUGAGUCUCAGUGAUAGUGACUUUAACAUGUAAUCAAAGAUCACAUUUUUCAACUGGAACAUCCAUCUUCUUUCCAUAAGAAUGAAAAGAGAACAGGCAAUUCUUGUGAAUUUUCUGGUUUCUUGUUUUAAAUUUGAAUUUAAAGUUCUUCCCUGAAUAUUGAUAAGUUUGUGUUCUGUCCAUUUCCAAUAUUACAAUCAUGGAAUUAGUCUGAAUGAUCAUUCCAUUGUCCUUGCUGCUGCUGCCUUGCAUGUGCCUCGUGACUACACUUGAUGUGAUGCAGCAUAGAAAUACAACAUUAUGUCUCGGCA